UUCCCCCUGCCGUUGGAGAGCAGCGUCAGUCCGCAGCCUGGCGAGUCCGGCGUGCAGCAGCCGGAGCGGGAAGUGCAGCUGUGCACACGCUCGGACUUUCCCUUCGCAGCUGGCCAGUUCCGUCUGCGCCCGCCCGGAGCCAUGGCACGGCUCUGCCCUGCUGCUCCAGCCCUGCUGGUGAGCUCCCUCGCUGCGCUGCUCCAAACCUCUCUGUCAGUGGAUCAUGUGCCGAUGCUGCUUUGGUCAACUCAGAGAUCACAGUGGAAUCCAGACACUGCUGUGCAUGAAGGACAAGUUGUCUCAGCACAGGAGCUGACAGUGUUCUUGCAACCUCUCUUUACCCAGAACUCCAGAAACCUCGUCUUGUUCCUGCAAGAUAGGCUUAGCGUAGAUGAUUUCACAUACUUCAGUGAAUCCUAUGGCAACAAGAAUCCAUUUCAAAAUGUUCAGGAAAUUCUUCAGUCUUCUCCUUCAUCUUUAGUUUUGCCAGCUGUUGACUGCAAGGCCACCAGGUAUCUCCUCACUGUUCUUCAGGAAUCAGGAGAUUGGAAGUUAACAAAUGUAACUAAUCACAAUGUCUCUCAGCUGGAAGUGAAUGCAUCUAACCCAAACUUACUGGUGGUUCAGCUACCACCACUUGCCAGUGAUCUAAAAGAGAUUUCUACCCUGGAAGCAAUUGCUGAAAAUGACAAAAUAAUUGGAAGAGUGACCAUGGAUCUGCAGGAACAAGGGAUUCAUUUUUCAGUAAUUUAUACUGCAAUGAGACCUUCAAGGAUUUCCAGAAGAACUGAUGUGGUGGCAGAAUUAAGACGACAAUUAAUGGCUGCUGAGGAAGAAGACAGUUUAUCAUAUCCUCCUCUGAAUGUGACCACUGGAAAUUAUUCAUGCAUCCUUUUUUAUGCUAGUAAUUUCAGCCUCAAAGCUAACAGUUCGGUUUUAAUAGAUUUGACAAAUGCAACAUUUUUAACACAGAACGUGGAUAUUUCUGCCUCUGAGUGCUCAGACAGCAACACAACGCUGUCAUUAAAAUACACAAAACCAGUGAAUGGAAUCAGCAGCCUAGAGAUAAGGUUUUUCAUGACCAACAGGUUCUAUGAAGUCUCGGCUAGAAAUUGGUCCACUUUAGAUUCAGUUGAGAUUGUACAAGAUGGAGAAAAGUUUGCUAAAUUUAAUGUUUCUGGCCUCUCUGCUCCUGCAGAGUAUUCAUUUCAUUGUCAGCUGGUGGGAACAAGCAAUCACUAUCCUGCAAGGCUGGUUCCAUCCAACAACGAGGCAAAAAACUGGGAUGUUUUCAUUUCCGAGUUGCAAAUUCAAGGCUUCAACAUUAUAAACAACCAGUUUUCCUAUGCAAGUGACUGUACAGGUUUCUUCACCCCUGGAAUUUGGAUGGGCUUGGUGACAUCUAUAAUUUUACUGUGGAUCCUGACCUAUGGAAUCCAUAUGAUCAUGCAGCUCACAACAAACAGCAGAUUUGAUGAUCCUAAAGGUCCAGCUCUAUCAGUUCCUCAGACAGAAUAGCCAUGGAUUGAAUUAAUGGCACUGUGGCUUUUCCCAGUCUGAUGUUUAUGAUUUUUAUAAACUUUUUAUUUCAUAAUAUGUUUAACUUAAAAAAUAUAUCAUAAGAAAACCAGCUAAUUAAACUACAUAUAAAAAUGAUCCUUAUACAAUAAUAAUUAUAUCUGUUAUUAUGAUCAUUUGUUAACAGCUUUUUGUGCUGAUGUUCUGAAGUAAGACUAUAGAGGUUAUUACAUUCUCUGGCUAUUAGAAAGACCAUUAAAAACUUCCUUCAGAUUAACGUUUAUUGGCAAAGAAAGCAUACCAAAACAUGUAUAAUUGUGAAGGAUAAAAUAAUCUAUGAGAAACUAUAUAUUGAAAAUACUGAUCUCUCUAAAGGCUCUUUAGUGUCAUGAUGAUGCUGUGUCUUAAGAAAUUUUAACUGUGUUUUGAAAUAUUUUCUCUUGAAUAAAACAUCCAGAAAUGUACAGAACUAAUAAAGUAUUAGUCACUAAAU